UAACUGCUGUCUGAUUGUUCUAAUAACUGUGCAGUAUUAGAAUGAAGUUUAUCCUUUCCAACCGCGCUACUCCCCACAGGUCCUCUUCAUUCGGCAUGAUACAGACGCUUGGAACUUGCCCUUCGUAUUGAGCGCAUCUUGUCGUUCGUAUUGAGCGGAAGGCUUGCAUACCCGCCACCAGAACACGGAACGAGAUGGCGGGAGAUCCACAGCAAACAUCCCCGCCACAUGUGGAUGAACAUGACAAGUUUAUUGUGCCUCAAAGUUUUGGCUUCAGCAAAGAUCGCAAGUCGCGGUCAGGCUUUGCGCCAGAAUCGACGCCGCAAGAUAACCUUCCAAUCGUAGUCCCGGACGAGGCAGAAAAGCAGGUCGACCAUGGACAUUGGGGGAGAUCACCAUUGGAGGUGGAGUCGGAACAACCAAAAUUUACCAUUGAUCACACCAGAGGCGACACCACUGGCAUCGAGGUCGCUCCGGAGAGACCAGAGGAAAAGAAGGGGCAACUUAUCUUCGGGUUCAAGAAGAGAACCUUCUGGUUACUACUCGCUCUGCUUACAGUAAUCAUAGUUGGCGGAGCAGUUGGUGGUGGUGUAGGUGGAGGAAUAGCAGUCAAGAACAAGAACGAAGCGGCAGCAUCUGCUGCUGCUGCUGCUAGUCAGGCGGCGGACUCAUCAUCGAGUGCAUCGCCGGCAUCACCCCCGUCCUCCACAUCGGCAUCAAACAUCCUUCCAACAGAAUCGUCCAAGCACCCUGGGUUCAGCCUCCGCGUCUUUUCCAACGCCUCAUUCAGUGGCCAAGUCCAGACAUUCACCGAACCAGGGUUCUAUCAGCUCGCCUACGUUGGAGAAUCGUAUAUUUGGCUUCCUAAGAAUACAUAUUGUUCGGUCAGCUUCUGCGAAGGCGACAUAGACUUGGGCUGGCGUGGAUACAAUUCUACGUACCGUGACCAAUUUGGCGAUUCUAUUGGACAGAUGUCGCAUAUUAAUCUUGCAUGUACGGGGAUCUAUGAAAGUCCUGGCUGUCCUGAUUCACCACUUCCGAGUGCAAGAACGGUAGAAGUCGAAACCGCUACGGAGUUGAUCGAGCCGACUGGGAUUCCAUCUUCAAGUGGUUGAGUGAGAAAGGGGCACAAUAAUGUGGACGACCUUUAUAUGCGCAGAGUCCGCGAAGAGAAGGAAUAGAGGGUUUACAUGGGGAUAUGUUGCAUCAUGUUGCCAUUCUUGAUCCUCAAUCUGCGAACACCUCGUCAGAUACGGAAU